UUUUUUCUCUUUUUCUCCUUAACAUCAUGAGAGAACCCAAUCUAUGUUUCCCUUCACAAAACAGAGCUGCUGUAUCUAUUAGCUCUUCUCUUUAUGACAGAAGAGCAUUGGACUGUACAGCUACUUUGCCACUCGUAAACUCACUGACUCAUUUAGCCUAUCUGACUUCCACUUCACCUCGUAUAAGAGAAAUCUUGUGUCUAGAUGGAGGACUGGAAAGACUUGUUCGUAUACUCCAUCAGACAUCCAACAAAACUGACCGACUUACUUUAUGGAAAUAUACAUUAUCAUUUCAAAUUAUAGUUAAUGUGGGUGUCAGAGGCACUGAGCAGAUACGAACCAAAGUAGUAGAUGCUGGAGUUAUUCCUCUCGUAUUGACUAUCUUGGGCAACUUUGCUAAAUCUUAUGAAACUAUACAUGGUACUAAAAAAGAAAAAAAAGAUACACCUAUUCCUUUCAUUCAAGAGACAACACAAACACAAAAACAACCAUUGCGUCGUUCUACUUUCCCUUAUGUCAAGAUAAAUCGAUCUCAACGUCGUUCUAUGCGUAGCCAAAAAGACAAGACAGAAAUGGAACAAGUCCUUGGUCGUGAAGAAGAUGUCUUGCUCUGUCUUCAAUUGCUCGCCUAUCUCUCCAAAUACCCUCAUAUUCGUAAUACCUUUUAUGCAUCUCAAGUGUUUAGUGUCGUUGAAAAGUUUUGUCAUCGCAUUCAUCCAGGCCCUAUUCAAUAUUGGGCUGGUGUGAUUAUGCGCAAUGCAUGUCGUAAAGAUGAAGGAAGAGGUGGUAUCCGAAAAUGUGCCAAUAUGACUUGUGGAAAAUGGGAAACACAGCCGAGAGAGUUUGCUAAAUGUAGACGAUGUCGUAAAGCCAAAUAUUGCAGCAAAGCAUGUCAAUCCAAAGCUUGGUCUGAUGGACAUCGAUGGUGGUGUGUUGAACGACAAUCUUCUAUUGUGCGAGAAACAACAACAGAAGAACAGACAAAUAAUACAGGUUCAUCUGGUACAAAUUCAACUAUGCUUAUGGGUGUUCAUAUGGAAUUGUAAACCUUUUUUUUUUCUUUAUGUAGCUAUGCUUCUCUCUCUCUCUUUGUCUUUUUUCUUUUUCUCUCUCUCUCUUUUUCUUUUUACAUUUUAUGAAGAUACCACAUACUCUCUCCUUUCAUUUCUUUUUUUCUAAAAAAAAAAAAAAUCUUUCCUUAGAUCUAUGCACACUUUAAAUAAAAACCCUUACAUUCAUAUUCCGAUGCUGGCGAGCAUAGUGG